AUGGUCGCCUCGAGAAUCGCUCUGCUCUCACUGUUCAUGGUGUUCGCUGCGGUCAGCGGAAAACAUCGGGUCCAUCAAACCUUGGUAAGCUCGACUAGCGCGUCGAUCAUCUUCAAACCAGCAGAAGGACACAAACGUAUUCAUAUCGAUUUGUUCACUAAUCAGAAGCGUACGUUCGAAUUCGGAUUGGAGGAAGUGCCCAAGUUUUUCGGGUACACCUGCUGGUUCGCUAACAAGAUGAGCACAAAGGCAGCAAAACUUCGAAUGCAGCUUCCUAUGGUCGCUGGAGUCCUCGACGAGAGAAUCUUCAUGAUCGCCGACGCCACUUUGCACGUCUACACACUUCUCGAAUGUGAAGGAGGACACUAUGGAGCCCAGUGUGAAAAGACAUGCAAUGCGAAGAGCUCCAUCAAUCAGAGAUGCGAUUCGUUGGGACGAAUCCGUUGCGAUUAUGGUUGGAUGGGACCACAAUGCGCUCAAGUCAUCGAUCCCCGCGAAUGCGGAUGUCAGAAUCAAGGAGCGUGUGUGUCGACAAGACUCUUCGAAUCGAAUAUUGGAGCUCAAGAGCGUCUCACCUGCGAAUGUCGUCCAGGAUUCGGUGGCGACUUUUGUGAGAUCAUCACCAACAAGAACGCUACCCUUCAAACCGUUGAUCCAUGUGCUUUGAGCGGAGUUUGCCAGAAUGAUGCCCAAUGCAUUUCGAAUGGACUCGUCCCGUUCUGCUCGUGCGCUCCAGGAUUCGCUGGAAAAUACUGCAACAUCAAAUUGCAGCCUCUCGAAGAGCCACCAGCAGUUGGCGUCAAUCCUCUUUACAUCGUGCUAAUCAUUAUUCUCAUCAUUGCUGUCAUCGCGUUCAACUUCUUCCUGAAGCGCAAAUACAACAACAUGACGAGGCUCCUGCGGGCGUCAAACGUCAAGAAUCCAAGCAAAGUGUUCAUCGUGGAAAACUGCAUGUACAACGACGAUGAGGAGGCCAAGUACGCCGAGCCGGCAUGGAAAUUCUAG